CUUGUUCUAUCUGUCAAAAUAGCUGUCUGCAGUGGCGAUCUGCUAAGAAGUGAACAGUAGAUUCUCCCAUUUGAAAACAAUAUUUGGAAAAUACAUAGAGAUGGGAUCCGGUCAAAGUGUGACCAGGAAAGUGUCAUUUGGAGUGGAUGAUGAGGACACAGUACGGGUACUUCGUGGGGUAAAGUUGUCAGAGGAUGUUCUCCAGAGGAUGAAGGGUACAAGCCCUGCCAACCAAAACGAAGGCCAUAAACCAUCACCCCCCACCAGCCCCACGACAGAAAGGUCCUCUCCCCGUCCAUCACCAACACCUCCCCACCGCCCGCAGGCCCGUCCUCAACCCGGGCCACAGGCAUCCCAAACUCACACCGACACCAAGGAAGAGCUGAGAAAGAGGUACGAGCGACAGCAGACAGGGGUUCAGGAGGAGUUAAUCAAGGGGGCCCGGCGGGAGAGAGAGGCAGCCAGGACAGAGAUGAGCAAAGCACUACACAGAGAGAGGCUUCAAUCACACCAGGAGGGGGAAAAGGCUAAACUACUGCCGGCUGGAGAGGUGGAUGCCUGGGCUAAACGGCUAGAGAAGAAGGAGGCAGAGCUGAAAGCAUUAGACGCCUUUUUCAAGGAGCAGUUGGCACAACUGGAGAAGAGGAAUCUGGAUAGAUACGACCAAACCAAGAAACAGUUCCAUGACCAAGCCACAAAAUCUGAAGCUCUUGUUACUGCAAGAAACACAGAACCAGUUUGCAUUAACCUGCAGUCCCAGAUUCUCCACUGCUACAAAGAGAACCAGGAGCAGACACUGCAAUGCUCAGACCUGGCCAAAACGUACAUGCAGUGCAUCAACGCAGCCAAGAAGAAACUUCUGGUGAACCAUGGAUGAAGAAGAGAAGCGCUGAAACUCAUGUCCAGAAACGGCUUUACAGCUGCACAAAGACUGGCACUUGCUAGCUUACCACUCAUUCUUAUUUAAGGGCGGCUAUAGCGAUAGCAUUAUGCAUUGUAUAUUGUUUUAACCAUCGUAUAUUAACUCUUAAUUUGCAUGGCAGAUGCUAAUGUGUAUCCUAAAUAUAUGAAAGUGGACUAACGUUUCAUAUUUUGUAACGAUAUACUCAGGAAAUCCUGACCAUUAUUUCCUCAGGGUUAUAUUAUAUCUAUUUCUAUGAUUAAACCAUAUUCCUAUGCUG